GUUAAGAUAUGGGGUUCAAUUAUAAUCUUAAAUCUGGACUGAAGCCCAACUAGGUCUUUCGACCGUCAAUUCAACAAUCUUCUUUUUUCUGUUAUGGCCUCCUGGAAAUCGACAAUUUGCCAUUUUCAUAUUCAGGUAUUUCUUUUUUCUAAGCUCCAUCUUCCCUAUUAUCACAGAUUCUCAAUCAUUUUCUUUGUGUUGUUUCAAUUCCUCCGACAUGAAACUCAAUCUGAGAUGUUUUUAUCAUUAAUUAACUUUUAGAUUUCAGAUAUCCAAAUCCGAAACGCUACUCUGCGGAUCUUCUAAAAUCAUGUCUAUGUACAUACGGAGCAUUAUUUCAACUUCAACUCCUAUCAUAUUUCAGUACAUGUUUUCGAAGAUGCAAUGAUUGAAACGCAUGUGUGAAGAAUUGAAACAAUACAUAAUUUUAUGCAGAGUUGUUGGAUUGGUGUCUGUGAAAAAGGUUGACAUCUUUAGUUCAAAUUAUAUAGUGAGAGCAUGAUUUGUUUUCAACCCUCCAAUCUUUGGUUUUGACUGGAAAAUUGGCAAAGCAGUCUGCAUUAUAAUAUAUGGAGAGGGAGAUUUCUGAAGUCUAUUUCACUCAAGAAAACAAUAUUUGGAUGCACAAAUUGCCAAAGAGGGUUCUACGGAUGCCCUGAAACAAUGUGAGGCUAAAUUUGUGGGCUUGUGGCAUAUCUGCAACCAUCAAAGUCUAAGAAUGUCCAGGAUGCGGUCCAUCGUGAACUGAGCUCCCUGCUCUUCAAAGCUGCAGAGUCGGACGAACCCAUGGUGGAGCUCCCAUGAGAUGGAGAGGGAGGCAAAGGAAUGAGAUGAAGGGAUGGGGAAGAAGCUAGGGUUGAAGAGACAAGAAUUGCAAGAGUUGUCCUCUUCUAGGGUAAAUGGGUAAAUGAGGGGGAGGUAAAAUGAUAUUUGGGGGGGGGGUACUGUUACAUGUCUGCCUAAGUGGGGAGUGCGAUAAUGCAUCGUGUGGGGCAAUAAAUGGGGUAAUAAGUGUGAAAGUGGUUGAAGGGUGUUUAAGUCUUUUGCUAUCACUUUUCAUGCCAAAAGUGGAUGUGUGAAUUUAAUUUGUGACGUACAAAAAGAACGUAGGAACAUUGAGAACUGAAUUGGGGCCUGGGGGAUGGAUGAGGUAUAUUUUGGAUUUUUAAUUGGCAUCGAGUGUAUUUAGUAUAAUACAUAGUUUGUAAGGUGCCAAGGCGAGGCGGCAAUGUACCUUCAUAUCGCCUAGGAGACCUAUAUAUAUGUAUGUGUGUGUGUCUAUAUAUGUGUGUGUGUGUGUGUGUGUAUACCGUAGGUCACAAGUUAAAGUCAAAUCUUUUUAAACAUUUUAAAUUAGGCAUUCAAAAUAAUUGGGUUGCACUAAAAAAAUUGGGAUGCACUUAAAAAUUUGGGCUUUUCAAAAUUUUAGUGGGGCCCAAGGCAUCAAAGCGAGAAAGGCGACCGCCUGAACGCCUUAAGGUUUUCUGGGCGAGGCGAGCAGACUAGGCAUCCAAAGGACAGCGCCUUAUCGCCUAGGCGACACCUUACAAACUAUGGUAUAAUGUGAUGAUUGGACCCUUCUUUCGCCUUUUUUUCCUAUUGCAAAAGGUUUGAUGAAGCCUUAGAUGGUGUGGUACUAGCAUACGAACCGAAGUUUGAAAUUAAACUGGCAAAUAUUAUACCAGGGAUUCACCCAUAUUUUAGUGUGAGAUUUCAGGCAAAGCUGUUACUAUUUUAUCCAAAGAUGGAUAUGCUUUUAGGUAUUCCUGAUUGUGUGUUUUACACAUGAAGUUCCAUGUUCUUAACUACAUAAGCAGUAGGGAAAUGACACUGAAUUUGUUCUGAUGCUAGUUGCCUUUGUAUUGACUUAUGUUCAUGUUGUAAUGGCUAAUGUGGUUACCAGAAGGAGAGGUAGUGAAAGUCUCCCAACUAUCUAUUUGCAUCAUUGUUCUUGGAUUUUCAUCUGACAUUAUCUCAGACGAUGACAUUCAUGGGAAAUACAAAUAUAAAAUUGUAAGCAAAGCAUGGAGAGGAAGUGUUUGCCAGCAAUUCUCACAGGAGACUUAAAAUUAAGGUGGGAACAAUUGUGAGUUUCUCUGUCAAGAGAUAAAAUGCUUGUUGUGCUAGUUUUGGGGUUUCAUCACCUCUAGUUCUUGCAUUGUCAUCACCUCUUUUUUAAAUUUUGAGAAACUAAUUCAUAAUCACAUCUAAUGGGUAUAUUGGGAAUGAACCAAAUGUAUAAGUAAUAACAACAACCUAGUAUAAUCCCACAAAAGCAAGGUCUACGGAGAGUGUGUGUACGCUGAGCUUACCUUUACUACAAGUAGAGAGAUUGUUUCCAAGAGACCCCCAACUCAAGCAACAUAGAAAGCACAUAAGCACAAGAAAAAGGAUAAAAGAGCAAACUAAGUAGAAGGAAAGCGCAAAAAGGCAAAAGGAACACAAACAUGGAUCCAUGGAUGACUCGUGUUAAAGAGAGCAUCCCACAUCAGAAAAGUGUGAGGAAAUUAAUCGGUAUAUAAGCUCUUGAGUUGAACUAAGUAAUCGAUUGGAUUCAAUCUUUUAAUGUGGUUCAGCCCAAGUGUCUUAAUACUCAAUCCAGUUGUCCAUACCCAUCCCAAAUUCUAUCAACUCGGAUUGUCACCUUUUGAGUGCCAUGAUGAAUAACCUUGACCAAGCCAUUUCAAGUCGGUAUGCUGUCCUUAGGAGUACGCCAUGGAGGAUGGUGAUAGAGAGGGUCUCAGUGAUGGUAUCGGGGGAAGAAGAAAAAAUUAGAUAAAGAAGAAGGGCCAAGGAUUUGCAGAUGGUCUAAAGUUGAACAAGAAUACACCUUCCGACCCAUCUUUUCGGUGUGAUCUGGAAUUAUGUGGAUUGCAAAGGUAUUGUCCGAUACCCUACUUGUUUUCUAAAAGGUAUUCAAUAUACAUGCCCAGAAGUAUUGUGAGUACCAUCAGAAAAUGGCCACAACACGGAUGAUGGUCAUUACGGAAUUGAGAUUGAUCUAGAAUGGGCACCUCCAGAAGCUUGUGCACAAGGAGGGCACACAAUAAGCUGCUGGAGGUUGAAAACCAUGACAGGGAUGCGAUUGUAAUCAAGUUGAACAUUAAUGACAUUGUGAUUCACCGUUUCUUUGACACGGGAAGUUUGGUGCAUGACACGUAUAUGGAAACCUUUAGAUUUUUGGGUGUGAAGCAGGCAGACCUUAGGAAUAUGCAAACUUCGUUGAAGGGCUUCACUGGGGAUUCCAUUAAGGUUGAGGGGGGUAAUCACUCUGCUGGUAGGGAUUGGAGAUUCCUUUGAGAUAGUCAAGCUUGAUAUGGAAUUUUUAUGGUCCAGGUCAUUUGUGGAACAAACUUGAUUUUCAGUCAGUUGGAAUGAGAGGAUCUAUAGGGUAUCAUUUCUCCAAUUCACCUUUGCAUCAAGUUUCCUACUCUUACAGUGAUGGGGAAGCUAGAAGUUGCUAAGUUCUUGGUACUUGAAGUUUGAAGAUGUAUUAGGAGACCAUCAAGUACAACACUCAGAGAUCAUUGAGGUCACCAGCCAGUACCUAAAGGUAGAAGAGAAUAGAUCGUAUGUUGAGGUGGUCAGGGAGAUCAAAGAAAUCAAGGUAGAUCCAGAGAGCCACGAACAACAACAACAUUACCCCAGUGCCUCAAAGGCUCUUGCCCAUUGCGAGGUAGGGGGGGUCGGAUGUACACAACCUGACCAGAGAGCCAGUGAAGAUCAAAAUUGGCAAAGGUCUAGCUAUGGAGAUCCGAGACAUACUUAUCCAGGUGCUCCAGAAAUUUAAGUCUGUUUUUGCUUGGUUCCACGCCAGUGAAGCCAAAAAUAUCUAAAUGUUUUGGUUCUAAGCCUCUAAAUUGGAAGAUGUGUGUCUACUACACUGGUGUUAUUCAAGUUUGCCCCAUGGAUCUGUUUCCAUUGCGGAAUAUUGAUCAAAUUGUGCACAAAACUGCAAGGUGCAAGCUUAUGAGCUGCAUGUAUGCAUUUUACAGCAAUUAUUGCCUAGAUGCACCCGACAGACGCUAAGAAGAGUAGUUUCGUCAACCAAAGGGGUUGUACGACUACUUAAUAAUGAUGUUUGGCUUGAGGAACCGAGCCGCAACUCGGAUGUUCACCAAGGUUUCUAGAAUUGUCCUUGGUUGUCCAUAGGAUUUUUAAAAGACCUAGCUACAGAAGUACAUGUCACCCUAGGGGGUAUUGGGCUUGGCCCAACAUGGGUGGUCCAACGGGAAACAAAUAGUCUAGCUCGGGCUGCUCCUCAGUCCUCAUCCGAGCCCCAAGCACAUCCACCGAACAGGCCCAACAAGCCAGUUUGUCCCUCUUGGGCACUGCUGUUCGAUCCUUAUCUGCUUGGGCUUCUUUGGAAUCUGCCUCCUUAGCCUUUUUGGCAUGUUGACCUAGUGUUUGGACCCAAUUAUUCAUAAAAACUAUUACUAUAAGUGAUUUAUGCAAUUCAUUAAUAAAAAUGGAAGUAUUCUUAUUGCAGAAAUAGGGAAAACAGACUUAAACUCACCAUCAUAAUGGUAGUGGAGAAUCAUAGUAUGGAUUCAUUUACCCAACACGAGGUCAAAUGUUUUAUUUUAUAUAUGCUAGUUGCUAAGUAAUAAAUAAUGUGUAAGUGGCCUAAAUUCUAGUAGUAGUUGCUAAGUGAUGUGGUAGUGAGCCUAAAGUCUAGGAAUAGUUACUAGGUAAUGUGGUAGUUGGCCUAAAUUCUAGGGAUUGGUAGUUAUUUUGCUUAUAUAAAUAUUGAGGCUCAUUAUUUGUAAAUGUUAUCCAGAAAGUAAUUCAAUAUUUAUUAUUGGAGAUUCUCCUUGGUUUUAUUACUUAUAUGAGUUUAAGAUUCUUGCUCAUAUUUUGAUAAAGAUCUUCAUUCAUCUUUAUUAUUUUAUGGAGUUAGAUCCUGAUUUCAUAAUUUGAUAAAGACUAUCUCUCACUUAUUCUCCCCACAAGUCUUGAGUUCUAUCAAUUUACUUGAAUAUUUUGAUCUCUGAGAAAUUGUUGCUGUCCUACUUAUUUACAGAAUCACUGGAUGAAUACAUGCACGAGACAUGCACAGAGAUUCAUAAAAUGAAAGCCUUUAUUAGCUACAUUUAUUGUAUAAAUAAUGUAUUAUAAACAGUAGAAUAAAAUAGCUCUUGUUUCAAGUAAUUGUAUAACAGUAGAAUAAAAUAACUCUGGUUUCAAGUAAUUGUUUGUUCUUUCAUAGAGCAAACAAUUAUGACUAUUCUUGAGCAUUAUGACUAUGUAAAAUGGUUAAAUAAUAUUAAUUUGAGGUUUAAGUCUUGAAAAGUUAUUAAACAUCUCUGAGAAACUCUUAAUAAUAUAUAACCAUGUAAUGCAAGUACUCUUCAUCAUAUAUAACCAUUUGAGCACAUGCACGAUUAUUGAUUCUAGGACUUCAAUGAACACAAUAAUGUUUGGCAUAUUGGCAAGGCUCAAUAUUUACAGAUGGCACAUUAUGACAAUGAGGAUAAAAUUUCUUUGAUAGAGGAAGAAAUGGAUGCCCUAAGCAGGAUUGAACUUGGUAGUUCAUAUCCUUACACGAGUAAUUGUUUUUGGGAUUGAGCUUGUAAGGAUAUAUAGGUGUUCUCAAUCGUCUACCUUACCACUUGAAACACAAUUAGUUUGCGGUUUUUUGCUGGUUUGGUUUUCAUGCCCUUGUUUGUAGUGUGUACUGAGGAUCUAGUUGUUUGAGUUGGCAUGUGUGGUUCUUCUCUCUUUACUCGUACUGCGUUAAUGUUAUUGUUGUUUGUUUGCCCGUACUUUGUAUUUGAGCCGAGGUCUCUAGGAAACAACCUCUCUACUUCCAAGUAAGGGUAAGGUUUGUGUACACUCAACAACUGAGAUAUAGGAAAACCUUCUGUUACAAGGUGAUGUAGGAUAGGACAAGCUCAUCCUAGACAGAACCUACUUAAGAAGAGUUUUGUUCAUGAUAGAAAACCUAGAGAGAUCGAUUGUGUCAAAGUUCUAUGCAGUUAAGCCUGUAAUUGUAUGCAUUUUUGAUGUAGGUAAACCCCUAUUUCAUAAUGGUCACACUGAGUAACUAAAUAGAGUUCUUACUU